AUGACCUUCCUCAUCCCUACCCUCUUCCUCAUCGUUCUCCCCUUCUUCCCCGAGAGCCCUGUCUGGUACAUGAAGAAGGGUCGUGAGGCCGAUGCUCGCAAGGCUAUCAUCAGACUGUUUGGUCCUGACACCAAUGUCGACGAGCGUAUCGAUAUCAUCAGGACCGAACUCCAACAGGCUGAGGCUGAGGGCAACGGCAAAGACCAAACCAGCUGGAAAGCCAUCUUUUCUAAGGAGAACCGCACCAGGACCUUUGUUUCUGUCCUCGGACUGCAAGUACAGAAUUUCUCGGGUGGCUAUUUCGGCUAA